GGGGGCGGAGGCUGGCAGGGGGCGCUGGAGGCUGGAGCAGCCCGUGCGCGCCUCGCACCCCGGGGUGGCGGAGGAGCUGAAGCGGCGGCUGCACCGCGUGCCUCCCGGGCCCAGGCGGCGGCUGGGGGGUGAAGCUGGGGGCCCGACAGCCGCCGCCGGGGGUGUAGUCGGCCUCCACCCCAUUGUUCUAGCGCGCUCCCCCUCUCCGCCCACUCCCCUGCUGUCACUCGGUGGCGGGUGGUUCCUCCCGCCCAAGGCAGUCGAGGCAGUCGGGCUCGGCGCCGGGGGCGGGAGGGGGCGUGGGGGGGAGAGCGCGCCAGCCGCCUGGAGUGGGGGGCGAUGGCGAAGCUCCGGGUGGCUUACGAGUACACGGAAGCCGAGGACAAGAGCAUCCGGCUCGGCUUAUUUCUCAUCAUCUCCGGUGUCGUGUCGCUCUUCAUCUUCGGCUUCUGCUGGCUCAGUCCCGCGUUGCAGGAUCUGCAAGCCACGGCAGUGAACUGUACGGUGCUAUCUGUACAGCAAAUCGGUGAGGUGUUCGAGUGUACCUUCACCUGUGGCGCCGACUGCAGGGGCACCUCGCAGUACCCCUGCGUCCAGGUGUACGUGAACAACUCCGAGUCCAACUCCAGAGCUCUGCUGCACAGCGACGAGCACCAGCUUCUGACCAACCCCAAGUGCUCCUAUAUUCCUCCCUGUGAGAGAGAAAAUCAGAAGAACUUGGAAAGUGUCAUGACUUGGCAACAGUACUGGAAAGAGGAGAUUGGUUCCCAGCCAUUUACUUGCUAUUUUAACCAAUAUCAAAGACCAGACGAUGUGCUCCUGCAUCGCACGCAUGAUGAGAUUGUCCUCCUGCACUGCUUCCUUUGGCCCCUGGUGACAUUUGUGGUGGGCGUUCUCAUUGUGGUCCUGACCAUCUGUGCCAAAAGCCUGGCAGUCAAGGCAGAAGCCAUGAAGAAGCGCAAGUUCUCUUAAAGGGGAGUAGUCUUGUGGAAAGCAAAGCACAGCGGCUGUACGCAUCAGCGCACAUCGUCCUGCAGAGCCCAUGAUUCGGGCGCAGGAGAUGGAAGGGUUCAUGAGAGGUCUCCGAGAGGCUCCUCCCUCAAUGGCAGCAGAAACAGGCACAACUGCAAGACUUGGAACCUCAUAGCUUGUAUUCCGUGUGUGGUAGUGGUUGUAUGGAGUAGCCAUUUCAGGAAUUUCUCUAAGGAGUUCCUUCUCUUUGGAAAAAUACAGUAUAUUAUUUGUACAGUGUAGUAUACAAACCAUUAUAAUUUAUGCUACUGACAAACAUUAAAAUAGAGUGGUCUGUGUUCUUUUUUUAAAUUUCCUUUUUUUUAUGCUUAUAACAGGGU